ACUCAUUCCGAAAGGCAGUUAACCAUGGACCGCGCCCCUUGGAAAAUUCUGAUCCUGCUACAAAUUAUAGGGCUUACACUAAGCUCACGCGAGUAUGUCCUAGACAGUGAGAAUAUUUUUACUGAAUGUCUUAACCCACCUCCGGGAUCCAAGCCGUUUAACCACCUGGUAGAUAUUUCCCGAUUCACCACCAAAAAAGAUAAGGAUGGAAUCCACAUCUCAGGAAACUUAACAACAACCUGGGAUAUCGGACCAACUGAUCGAAUUGAGAUUAAUGUCGCCAUAUUAAAGCUGGAUCGAGGAAACUGGAAGCCAACCGCUUUGGCAGUGAAUGUAAAGGAUUUUUGCAAGGAGAUGUAUGACACGAACACGCUGUAUUAUCCCUAUUCGAUUAAAUAUAUCUCCAAUAAGCAGGAUGUUAAGGAUAAAUGCUUCAACCACAAGGGAACACUCAUACUUGUUGAUCCGUUUGUGCUGAAAGUUGUCCUAAGUGUCGCCGUUCCUUUAGGUCCGGGACCCCACAGGGUCGUAGUAAAGCUUGUUGCUUACAACACUGAUGGUGUACCAAAUCCAACUUCUAUCUGCAUGGAAGUGCCUGGAAAAGUUGUGUAAUCCUGAUCCACAUUCAAUUAAUAUAUUUCACACAUAUGUGUUGAUUAUUUGAAACUCGCAAGAGAUAUCUUUCACCACAAAAUAUUAUUUUUCCUGCACUUGUUCUGGUAUAUGGGUUAUCUUUAUUAUUUAUGUUAUUCAAAAACAAGAUUGUUUUUAUUAAAGCUUACUAUUAUAUGAUGUAUAUUUACAGCAGUUAA